AUGGUUCUUGACGGCUUCGCAAGAACGAAUGGGACAGCAGAACCCGUUGUCAGCACCAGUGGAGUUGUGCUGCUUAACCAACCUCUGCACACGAAGCGCAAAUUACGGUUGAUCUGCAUAGGCGCCGGUCUUUCAGGUAUUGCAGCGGCAUACAAGUACCAAAGGGAUCUUGAGAAUGUCGAAAUCAUCAUCUACGAGAAGAACGACGACGUUGGGGGUACUUGGUACGAAAAUCGAUAUCCCGGAUGCGCUUGUGACAUCCCAGCCCACGGUUAUACGUAUUCGUGGGAAGGAAAUCCCAACUGGUCCCGAUUCUACGUUGAACGUCCAGAGAUCUUUGCCUAUUACAAAAGUUGCGCGAUAAAGUGGAACUGCAUGAAGUACAUCAAACUUCAACACCGUGUCGUCGAAGCUCGAUGGUCCGAGUCCGAGAAGGGCUGGCACGUCAAGGUUGAGAACCAAGAGGGCACCGUGAUCGAAGACUUCUGCCACGUGCUUCUCAACUGCAAUGGAGUCCUCAAUAAUUGGAAGUGGCCCGACAUUCGAGGCUUGCAUGACUUCAAAGGGAAACUCCUGCAUUCUGCUCGAUGGGACAGCGAUUGGGACUACACUGGCAAAACCGUCGCCGUGAUUGGGGCCGGAUCAUCUGGUAUUCAAAUCGUUCCCAAGAUGCAGAAAGUGUGCAAGUCUGUCGUGAGCUUCAACAGGUCUCCUAACUGGAUCACCCCGGAGUUCAGUCAGGGAUUGGCCUCAGACGGGCGAGCUACGGUAUAUACCCGGGAAGAAAUGGACAGAUUCAAAACGGACAAGAAAUACUUUCUGGAAUAUCGUAAAAAGGUGCAGAAUUUCGGCAGCGCGACUUAUCCUCUGUACUACAAGAAUUCCGACAUGCAGAAGCAGGUGUUUGCCAAAUAUGCAGAGUUGAUGAGGCAACGCCUCAAUGGCAACGAAGAGUUGUGUGAAAAACUGAUCCCGAAAUUUCAUGUCGGUUGCAGAAGAUUCACCCCAGGUGAGGGCUACCUCGAGUCGCUGCUGGAGCCCAAUGUCACCGUCGUUACUUGUGAAAUUGACAAGGUAACCGAGACCGGUAUCGACCUCAUCGACGGCAGGCACUUUGACCUGGAUGCCAUCGUCUGUGCCACGGGCUUCGAUUGCUCGCAUCGUCCUCCUUUCCCAAUCAUUGGUCGAAAUGGUCGAAAUCUGUCCGAAUAUUGGAAAGAUGAACCCCUGCAUUAUCUUUCUGUUGCGGCGCCCGGAUUUCCCAACUACUUCAUCACUGGCGGUCCCAACAGCCCCAUUGCGAACGGCUCGUUGAUCUCGGGAGUAGAGACUGAAAUUGACUAUGCAUUCAAGUGUAUAGUGAAGAUGCAGACCGAGAAUGUGUCCAGCAUGGAACCCACGGAAGAGGCUAUGCGAGACUUCAUCGAGUACAGAAACGCAAUCAUGGAAGAAAUGGUGUGGAGCAGUACAUGUCGCAGUUGGUUUAAAAACGGAAAAGUGGACGGUCCGGUCAUUGGGCCGUCGGUAGGUUCGACCUGGCAUUUCAACGAGGUUCUCAAGGAGCCUCGAUACGAGGACUACCACUUGACUUACUGUACGCCGAACCGCUUCACGUAUUUCGGGAUGGGAAGAACUAUAAGGGAGGUCGAAGGUGCCGACAUGGCUACACAUCUCACAGAACCAGGAGCGUAG